AUGUCACCAAGAGAUAUUUACGAAGAAAACUUCGCUAGACUACCCAAAGCUUUAAGACCUCUUGCACAUUUUAUGGUUACGCCGCUGGUAGAUCCAAGAAAACAACAAGAGUCAAUACUUAUGAAUCCUUUUGCUUUAUUUACUUUUCUUACCAAGAAAAAAGUUCAACCAAAAGUUUUUAUGUCCUUUAAAAACUUUAAUGAUAUUCCAAUCGAAUUUCUUUCAAUGAUUUGUAAACAUCUUGAACCAAAUGAUCUUUUGGUUUUAUCAGGUGUUUGUAAAAAUUUAAGAACUCUUUUGUUGGAUACUGAAUCUCCAGCCACACAAGAAAUUUGGAGGAAUUCACGACUUGAGUUUUGCCCAUUUUUACAACUUGCUCCACCUAAAGGAAUGACGGAACAAGAAUACAUUUCUCUUUGUUCAACGGAGAGAGGAUGUCAGUUUUGCGGCCAAAGAAAACAAUGGGUAAAAGUUUAUUGGCAAUUUAGAGUCCGUGCUUGUUAUGAAUGUUACUUACCAAGAUUCGUCCGAAAUUCAUACCUAAGCAAACAUCCUAAAAAUUUCCAAAGCUCAUAUGAAAAUAAAGAGGAGAUCAAAUUGCGUGAACAUUAUGACCGUCGAAGAUUAGAACAUACAAUCAGCUUUAGAAAGGAACGACUUCAAGAGAUAAUUGAAGAAUUUGAAGCUGAACGAAAAGAGUCAUCAGAUGGUUCAGAUAAUGAAAGUAUUCUUUCAAACUCUUCAAAUUCUUCAUCGAAAUAUGAUGCACAACUCCUUAGAAAAUGUCCGAUAAUCUCUGCUGAAUGGAAAAUGAUUGACCAACCAUUUACGAGUCGUGACCAAACAAGAUUUAGAAGGAAGCUUGAUUAUGAGUAUCAAAUCUUGGCAAAACAUUAUGUUUCAUAA